GUCGCAUGAAGUGCCUGGUGCAGCCCGCGUGUAAGGCGGUGACGGCUGACGCUGACAGUACCACUGGCAACGCCUCCACAUGCCUUUACUCCAAGCUUGCGGUCACGGCAAGCGUGCUGCUGCAGUCUAACCAAUCUAAAGCAGUGACCUUCGUCAAGUGUCAACGAGCGGCGUGCGCGGCACCGUUUCGUGAGGUGGAAGGCGUUGGUUGCAUCUACACGAGCGACCGCGCGGCGACGCUGCAGGAGGCUGAGCAGCUGUGCAGCGGGCACUCGCAGCAGCUCUACGCCCCGCCCACGGACGCCGCUCUCAAAAACCUGAUCAAACUCAUGCUCAACGAGAGCCAGAGCACAAUGGGCUACUGGCUGGGAUUAAAGCUCAUCGAGGGCCAAACGCGCUCUUGGCAGUGGUUUAAUGGCCGGACCCAAACCUCUGAGACGGGACAGGGAUUCUGGAUUCGUACAGACCCGAACAACAACGAGACCUGCGCCCGUCUUGCCAUUCACGCCACAAAGCAAAAUACCACGGGACUUGCGAGCACAGAAUGCGACAGAGACUUCAACUACGUUUGUCAGAUGCAUCUUUGUGAUGAAGCUUACUGAUUUUUCAAACAAUAUUUGACAUAGCAUAAGCAUUUCCUCAAGCAUGGACAUUGAAUGGAAAUGACGUUCGUCAUUCAGCGUAAAUCGUUUUUACCAUUCUGGAGUAUUUCAGUCGAGUUUGUAUCAAUUUUUUUGAACGAUGCAAAAUGGAACAUUUUAAUUUGCAUA